AUGUCUUUUUUUCAACAAGCAUUUCGUGGUUUACCCCGGUUACCGAACAAGGAAGAGAGAGCCGCCAAUAGACCUCGUCCGCCAUGGCAAAUAUGUCGGGAGCUUUCAGCUCGACAUUACAUGUACUUUUGCGUUGGUUUCCUUGCGUGGGUGAUCGAUGCCUUCGACUUCUUUGCGGUUUCAGUCACGCUCACGAGACUGAGUGUUCAAUUCGAUGGACGCUCGAUAACAGACUUGACCGAAUCAAUCACUCUUACUCUGCUCUUCCGGUCGGUCGGCGCUCUUGGUUUCGGGCUUUUGACCGAUAGGUUUGGACGUCGCUGGCCUCUGACGGCUAAUCUGAUCUGUAUUGCUCUCCUGGCCCUGGGCACAGCAUUCGUUCAAACCUUUCAAGCUUUCCUUGCCGUCCGCGCCCUCUUUGGUAUCAUGAUGGGUGGCAUCUACGGCAUGGCAACCGCUACGGCUCUGGAAAACAUGCCAGCCGAAGCCCGGGGGCUGUUUUCAGGCAUCCUGCAGCAAGGUUACGCCAUCGGUUACCUGAUUGCUGCCAGUCUCAACCUGAGUCUCGUGGCCAAAACCGACGACUGGCGGUCGAUAUUCUACUUCGGUGCCUGCUUGUCGUUUCUUAUUGCGAUUCUACGGGCCAUAUGCCCGGAGUCUCCAGUUUUUCUCGAAGCCCGCAAACAAGCUCAAUUAAAUGUCGGCGACUCUUCUGGGCGCUCAGCCGGAAGAGUUUACUUGGAUUCUCUGAAGGCAGCCGUUAAGCAAUAUUGGGGUCGUUUUGUCUUUGCCAUCCUUUUAAUGACUGGUUUUAACUUCUUAUCGCAUGGAUCUCAAGACCUUUACCCUACAUACGCACAAAUCUCAAAGGGGAUGACGAAACACCAAGCCUCACUUCUCACUAUAAUUGGAAACUGUGGAGCUAUCACUGGAGGUAUUAUUGGCGGAUGGUCUUCCCAGUUUCUAGGCCGUCGAAUAGCCAUCAUAGCUAUGUGUAUAUGGACCGGAGCCUUCAUCCCACUUUGGAUCCUUCCAAAUAGCUUUUCCGGAUUGGCGCUUGGUGCCUUCUUUCUGCAAUUCGGCGUCCAGGGAGCUUGGGGUGUUGUGCCAAUUUAUCUGAGUGAGAUUGCGCCCCCCGCGUGUCUCGCUAUAUUUACUGGGUUAACGUACCAGUUAGGGAACAUGAUCAGUGCCGCAUCUACUCAAAUAGAAGCUAGGGCAGGCGAGCUACAUCGCAUCACGGUAAAUGGAAUUGAAGUUGAGGACUAUACCGUAGUCCAAGCCGCCCUUAUAGGAACCGUGGCGGGGUAUAUCAUCAUCAUGACCUGCUUUGGUAAGGAAUACAGAGGGGUUGAUUUGGUUAUCGGUGCACCGGCUUCCGAUGAUUUGACCACGACCGCAUCGGACGAAGAAAACUUGGAAAAGAACGGAAAAGAAAAGCCAUAA